CCCAAAUGUCUCAUCAAUCCAUCUAUCCAUGUGGUAAAGGGAAGAAGGUUGUUCUUUCUCAAGGCAGGAGCUAUUCUAGAAUAAAAUGCCAGUGUAUGUUGUCACACUUCCUCAUCAGUGUGCCCACCAAAACCCAAACCCAAAUCAUAACCCCUGUCUCCUGGUAUUUAACAUGUACCAAUCAUAUAUGAUACACAUGAAUAUGUUUUUGUUCGUAGAGACAGUAAUAGUAGGAUUACACUAUAUACAGGCACGUAAAAGUACUACAAAAUAGAAAACUAUAAUACGGGCAGCAAUGACCCUCACAUCAAUCCCUGACACAGGAGCAAUUUGUGGCACCUUUUAAUUCGGCGAGAACAAAAUGUUAGAGUGAUUCAGGCAAACAGCCACCGAUUUUUUUUUUGUUUAAUCUCCGAGGAAUGCCACCUGUGGCCAACCGUGUCAAUGUGCGGCGUGUCGGUGGCCACCCCCCUCACUCCGUCUGACGGCGCUCGCCCGUGCGUAUGUGUCUGCUCUGCUCCCCGUCCCUUUAACAACCUCGUCGGCUGCCCAGGCAGCCCUCCCCUUUAAAUGCUUCAAUUUGUCUCUAAUCCUGAUUUGAUGUCUUUACAGCGGGACGGAUAGUGAGCGGAGGUACAAACGAAUGCAAAAUGCUUCGAAAACACAGAUAGAUGAGAGGCACGACAUACAAGUUUGUCUGGCGGUGACAAAUGGAGGGAACGAAUGACACCGGAGACCUGCGGCAUUAGCCAAAGUUAAACGGGAGAGUUAGUUCGCCCGGCGACCGCGCUCCUCCGAAAUGCUGUCUGAGGUGCUGGAAGGGUGCCCGCCGGGAACAUUUGCCAAGGACCACUUCUAAGUGAUUUGCGCGCGAUGUUCCAGGGACGAUGGCACGCUGUCUGAGCAGCCAUGUAUGAGACCGACGACAACCACAGAAGUGAUGGCCCAGAUACAUACUCAAACCCAAGUGAGAGUGAGGAAAGAAAUGGAAUACCAUGGCCAGGGUUAAAUGGUGUUGUUGGAGAGAAAAUAGUAAAUGGCACUGAUACACUGAACUCAACCACAAGCUCCACUGCUACACACAAAAAGAAACCACAAUACGGCAAGAAUAAGUGCCAGGGAAACACUUCUGCCAACCGUGCUCCUCGAGCACUGUUUUGCCUGCGACUCAACAAUCCUAUUCGCCGUGCUGCUAUCUCCAUUGUUGAGUGGAAACCUUUUGAUAUCUUCAUCCUUAUGGCCAUUUUUGCUAACUGUGUAGCACUGGGUGUGUCAAUACCCUUCCCAGAAGAUGACUCAAAUGCAACUAAUCACCAUUUGGAACAAGUGGAAUAUGUCUUUCUCAUUAUAUUUACCAUCGAGACUUUUUUAAAAAUCAUUGCAUAUGGUCUAGUUAUGCAUCCCAGUUCGUACAUUCGCAAUGGCUGGAAUUUACUGGAUUUUGUCAUUGUUAUUGUUGGGUUGUUCAGUGUGGUGCUUGAACAGAUGACACACAAACCAGGGGAAGCCCACCAUAUGGGAGGCAAAGCAGGAGGAUUGGAUGUAAAAGCUUUGCGUGCAUUCCGAGUUUUGCGCCCACUUAGACUGGUCUCUGGUGUGCCAAGUUUGCAGAUAGUCUUGAACUCCAUUAUGAAAGCCAUGGUUCCUCUUCUUCACAUCGCUUUACUGGUCUUAUUUGUCAUCAUUAUCUAUGCAAUCAUUGGCCUUGAGUUAUUCAUUGGGAAAAUGCACAAGACAUGCUUCUACACUGGCACAGACAUAAAUGUGGAAGAUGACCCAGCACCAUGUGCCUUCGCAGGUCAUGGCCGCCAGUGUCUGCAAAAUGGAACUGAGUGCCGUGGAAAGUGGGAGGGGCCUAAUGGUGGUAUCACCAAUUUUGACAACUUCUUUUUUGCAAUGUUGACUGUUUUUCAGUGUAUCACAAUGGAAGGAUGGACUGAUGUUCUAUACUGGAUGAAUGAUGCCAUGGGAUAUGAACUUCCUUGGGUGUAUUUUGUCAGUCUUGUCAUCUUUGGAUCCUUUUUUGUGCUUAAUCUUGUCUUGGGUGUCCUUAGUGGAGAAUUCUCCAAGGAACGAGAGAAAGCCAAGGCUCGUGGUGAUUUUCAGAAACUUAGAGAGAAGCAGCAAAUGGAGGAAGAUCUUACUGGUUAUUUGGAUUGGAUCACACAAGCUGAAGAUAUUGAGCCUGAAGAUGAAGAUGAUGAGGAAGAAUGCAAAAAGAGGGUCACUUUGGCCGACAUCUCUGAUAAGAAAAGAGGAAAACAUGGAUGGUUCAGUCAUUCCUCUGAAACUCACGCAAGUUUGCCAACCAGUGAGACAUCAGAAAACACUGAGACAGUUGAAGAAGAUCACCACACUGACUGCUGUGCUGCUUGCAUGGCCAAGAUGAUGAAAAACAAAGUAUGCCGUCAGUUACGACGAUGGAAUAGGGCUUGCCGCCGGAAAUGCAGGGUAGCUGUAAAGUCAGUCGUGUUCUAUUGGCUAGUUCUUCUUCUUGUGUUCCUGAACACUUUGACGAUUGCAUCAGAACAUUAUAAUCAGCCUGACUGGCUGGGCCAGAUACAAGAUAUUGCUAACAAAGUUCUCCUGUCCCUGUUUACACUUGAGAUGCUUUUGAAGAUGUACAGUCUUGGUUUGCAGGGCUACUUUGUAGCUUUCUUCAAUCGUUUCGACUGUUUCGUUGUGUGUGGAGGCAUUAUGGAAACUAUCCUGGUUGAGUUUGAGGUCAUGCCACCCUUGGGCAUCUCUGUUCUCCGCUGUGUGCGGUUGCUGCGGAUUUUCAAAGUUACCAGACAUUGGGCUUCACUGUCCAACCUUGUUGCCUCGCUGCUCAAUUCCAUGAAGUCUAUUGCAUCACUCUUACUCCUACUUUUUCUGUUCAUCAUCAUUUUUGCCCUGCUUGGAAUGCAGCUGUUUGGAGGGAAAUUUAAUUUUGAUGAAACACAAACCAAAAGGAGCACUUUUGACACCUUUCCUCAAGCUUUACUAACUGUAUUUCAGAUUCUAACUGGCGAAGAUUGGAAUUCUGUCAUGUAUGAUGGGAUCAUGGCUUAUGGAGGUCCUGUUUUUCCAGGAAUGAUUGUCAGUGUUUAUUUCAUCAUUCUUUUCAUCUGUGGUAACUAUAUUCUCCUCAAUGUGUUUUUGGCUAUUGCAGUGGACAAUCUGGCAGAUGCUGACAAUAUCAACACUAACAAGAAAGGCAAAGAAGGCGAAAAAGCAGAAAGUGUAACUGAAGCUAAAGAGAGUGAAGUAAAUGGAGAUGUGAAGGUGGAUGUUGAUGGUUAUGAAGAACAAGAAGAAGGUAGUGAAGGAGCAGAAGAAGACGCAGUGUCAGAAUCUCAGUCCACCUCCAACAUUGACAAGCUGGCUGAUUUUGCUCCCAAAGAAAAGGUCACGCCCAUACCAGACGGCAGCGCCUUCUUCUGUCUCAGCAAGACCAAUCCGAUCCGUGUGGCAUGCCAUGCUCUGAUCAAUCACCACAUAUUCACCAAUCUUAUACUUGUGUUCAUCAUCUUAAGCAGCAUUUCUCUGGCAGCAGAAGAUCCCAUUAGAGCACAUUCAUCUCGGAAUCAGGUGCUUGGUUAUUUUGAUUAUGCUUUCACUUCAAUAUUCACUGUUGAAAUCCUGCUCAAGAUGACAGUAUAUGGAGCAUUUCUCCAUAAAGGUUCCUUCUGCAGAAAUUGGUUUAAUCUCUUGGAUUUGCUAGUGGUCAGCGUUUCGCUCAUCUCUUUUGGAAUACACUCUAGUGCAAUCUCAGUUGUGAAAAUACUUCGAGUUCUUCGAGUUCUCAGGCCUUUGAGAGCCAUUAAUCGUGCCAAAGGAUUGAAGCAUGUGGUCCAAUGUGUUUUUGUUGCUAUAAGGACCAUUGGCAAUAUAAUGAUUGUGACAACACUUCUUCAGUUCAUGUUUGCUUGUAUUGGAGUUCAGCUUUUUAAGGGCAAGUUCUAUAGCUGCACUGAUGAGGCUAAAUAUACUCCAGAGCAUUGCAAGGGAACAUUCAUAGUGUACAAAGAUGGUGAUGUGUCUCAUCCCAUGGUCCGGGAACGAAUCUGGCAUAACAGCGACUUCAACUUUGACAAUGUGCUGUCUGGAAUGAUGGCACUCUUCACAGUGUCGACAUUUGAGGGCUGGCCAGCUUUAUUAUAUAAGGCGAUUGAUGCCAAUGCAGAGAAUGAGGGACCUAUCUACAACUAUCGUGUGGAGAUCUCUAUCUUCUUCAUUGUUUAUAUCAUUAUCAUAGCUUUCUUCAUGAUGAACAUCUUUGUGGGUUUUGUCAUUAUCACUUUUCGUGAGCAAGGAGAACAGGAGUAUAAAAACUGUGAACUGGACAAAAAUCAGCGUCAAUGUGUAGAAUUUGCACUGAAGGCUCAGCCACUCCAACUGUACAUUCCCAAGAACAAGUUUCAGUAUAAAUUCUGGGCCAUGGUGAACUCAACUGGGUUUGAAUAUAUCAUGUUUGUGCUUAUCCUUCUGAACACAAUCACCUUGGCCAUGCAACACUAUAACCAGUCACAAGCCUUUAAUUAUGCAAUGGACAUACUGAACAUGGUCUUUACUGGACUGUUCACUGUUGAGAUGGUGCUUAAGAUUACUGCCUUCAAACCAAAGCACUACUUCUGCGAUGCUUGGAACACAUUUGAUGCUCUGAUCGUAGUUGGCAGUGUGGUUGAUAUUGCAGUAACUGAAGUCAGUAGUUCAGAGGACAGUUCCAGAAUCUCCAUCACAUUCUUUCGUCUCUUCCGUGUCAUGCGAUUAGUCAAACUCCUUAGCAAAGGGGAAGGCAUAAGGACUCUACUAUGGACCUUCAUUAAAUCCUUCCAGGCCCUGCCAUAUGUUGCUCUGCUGAUUGCGAUGAUCUUCUUCAUCUAUGCUGUCAUUGGAAUGCAGACUUUUGGAAAAGUUGCUUUGCAAGAUUCAACACAAAUUAACAGAAACAACAACUUCCAGACUUUCCCUCAAGCUGUAUUGCUACUUUUCAGGUGUGCAACAGGAGAGGCCUGGCAAGAAAUCAUGCUGGCUAGCCUUCCUGGAAAGCGCUGUGAUCCAGAGUCAGACUUUGGCCCUGGAGAAGAAUUCUCGUGUGGGAGUAACUUUGCUAUAAUCUACUUUAUCAGCUUCUUUAUGCUAUGUGCCUUUUUGAUUAUUAAUUUGUUUGUUGCUGUCAUUAUGGACAACUUUGACUAUCUGACAAGGGACUGGUCGAUUCUUGGGCCACAUCACUUGGAUGAGUUUAAGAGGAUCUGGUCAGAAUAUGACCCUGAAGCAACAGGUCGCAUCAAACACCUUGAUGUAGUAGCUCUGUUGCGCAGAAUUCAACCACCUCUUGGUUUUGGUAAGCUGUGUCCGCACAGAGUUGCCUGCAAGAGGCUUGUGGCUAUGAACAUGCCCCUGAACAGUGAUGGGACAGUAACCUUCAAUGCCACACUGUUUGCCUUGGUUCGUACAGCACUGAAGAUAAAAACAGAUGGCAACCCUGAGGAAGCCAAUGAGGAACUGAGGGUUGUCAUUAGGAAGAUCUGGAAACGAAUGAAGCCAAAGAUUUUGGAUGAGGUCAUUCCACCUCGUGAGGAGGAAGAAGUCACAGUGGGUAAAUUCUAUGCCACAUUCCUCAUCCAGGAUUACUUCAGAAAGUUUCGAAAAAGAAAGGAGAAAGGUAUGCUGGGUAGUGAACCUGAACCCAGCAAUUCAUCUGCAUUGCAGGCUGGCUUGCGUACAUUGCAGAAUAUUGGGCCUGAAAUCCGCCUGGCAAUGUCAUGUGACCUGGAAGAGGGGGAGGAGGAGGAUGAAGAAGAAGACGAAGAGGAAGAGGAGGAAGAUGCAGGAGAGGACGAUGAUGCUCAUUAUAAGAGUGACAGUACGAUAUCAAACCGCACAGGCCACGCCUCUGUAGACCGCCGCAGUUCAAAAUCCUCUGUGGCUGCUCAGUCCACCCACUCCAUUGGCAGUAUAGGUGGUAAUUCAGGAGGAGGAGAAGGAGGAGAAUCCAUGACCAACAUAGGUGUGGGACAUCGGCGAGUUUCAGUGGCAAGUCUACAUAAAAAUCAUGUUCCUAAUGGUGGUAUGACCUCAGGGCAGGCAACAGAGAACAGUGACGCUGGAGGAGGAGAGGAUGACACUAACAGCAAGCCUGGAACAGACCAUCUUCCCAAAGCCAUUUCUAACAGUAGAGCUCGUUAUUAUGACAGAUAUAUGAGAAGAGACUCCAAUGAGGCUUACAGAUCAGCAGGACGGUGCAAUGAGGUGGUUCUAGAAGAGCCAGGAGAAGAGAGCUAUUCUGAGGAGCAAGGUUACUACAGUAGAGAAGAGAACGCAGAAAGCACAGCAUCACGGGAAAGGCAAAUAUAUCCUGAUAACCGUUCCACAGUUCAAGGUCAAGGUCAACGAGAAGGAUUGUACAACACCCAGGCACCAAACGCCACUUAUUAUGGGGGUCAUUACAUAAACGGUUAUGGUGAAGCUCGAAGAAUAACCAGAAGAAGACUUCUGCCUCCUACUCCUACAGGUCACAAGCCUGCUUUUAACAUGCAAUGUUUACGGAGACAAGCCAGCAGUGAUGACAUUCCCAUCCCUGGCACAUACCAUCAGAACUCACCGCCAUGCCGUGCACGCACUCAGACAUAUGGCAGCUAUGACUCCCGGCGUAGCACUAGUCGCUCCUCUACAGGCUCCUCACAUUCAUGGGCUACAUCAGGACCUCGUAGGGGAAGACUGCUUUAUGCUCCCCUUAUCCUGGUAGAAGAAGAUGGAUCAGGGCUAUGGGGAGAUAAGAAGUCUGGUAGUGCCAGUCUGCCUACAGCCGCAUGUCCAUCCUGGUAUGCUUCAGAUGCUACUGGCAAUGGAACACACCAGCCCUACCAUGCUUACACAACUCUGCAUGUACCCACGCACCUUCAAAGAGGGUACAGUGAAAAGAGAGGAAGUGCUGACAGUCUUGUGGAAGCUGUCCUAAUUUCAGAGGGACUCGGCUUAUAUGCCAAGGAUCCCAAGUUUGUGGCAUUUGCCAAAAGGGAGAUUGCAGAUGCCUGUCACAUGACGAUUGAUGAGAUGGAGAGUGCUGCUAGUGAUCUUCUGAACCGGAAUAUGUCAUCCAGGAGCACAGGGGGCAGCAGUGGAGUUAUUCAGCAAAAGGAAAUAGAGCAGUCGGGUUUGGGACUCCUAUACAGUGAUGAAGAACCAAUUCGAUGCAAGGAAGAGGAAGAUCUGGCUGAUGAGAUGACUUGUGUUACUUCGUUCUGAAAACCAUUGAUGAGAGAGAACUUGUGCAGAAAGUGGAAUCAUUUAAGGACCACUAAAAUGGGGCAACAGUGUGCCAAGGCAGUGAGAUUUUUAUUUAUGCUUCUGUUCACAGAGUGGUAUACUUUCAUUACUUUAAUCAAAAGUUAUGCUGAAGAAGCAAGGAGACUUCAGAAUUGACUUCUAGAACAAGAAGGUGCAUGGUGCUUAUCAUUCUGAUAAAUAACCCUU